AUGAACAUUAAUAAUGGAUCCAGAUGCUGGGGUACUGGGCUGAUAUCUCCCCUUGUAUUCAACAGGAACUGGUGUGCCUACGUAGUGACACGGAUAGUGUCCUGCAUCAUUGAGGAUGGUGUAACAACAUACGUCAAACCAGAAUAUCAGCCCUGUGGAUGGGGCCCGCUACAAUGCCCACGGACAGUGAUUUAUCGUUCCUUCAUGAAGCCGCGAUACAAGCUUGCAUAUAAAAUGGUGACAGAAAUGGAAUGGAGGUGUUGCCACGGUUACUCAGGAGAUGACUGUUCGGUGGGUCCACCAGGACAGACUGACAUUGUAUCUCCAAGGCCACAACAGCCCAAACCAUCUGGGACAAGGCCAUCAGGGGGCUCAUCAAUUGAAGGAAGAAUGGAUUCAGAUAAAUCUCAUCAGAUGGAAGAAAAGAUCCAGAAGUUGAGUCAAGAAAUUCACAAUCUUCAGUCCACUAUCAGAGGGAUGAAUGAGAAAUUCCAGGAUGAAAUGCAGAAAGCGAUUGAAAUAGCAAUGAACGGGAGGCAGCCAGCUGAUGCUGCAUCCCACCCUGACGUGAAGGAGACUAUCAAUGAGAUUCAGAAAAAACUCCAUCAGAUUGAUAACCGGGUAAGGGAGCAUGACGGUGAGAUUAACCUUUUAAACACAAUCAAACCAGCGGGUGGUGCUGGCGGUCACUCUGAGACUGGCCAGAAAUGGUCAGAUCUAAAGGAAGAGCUGGUGAGGGAGGUGGAACGCCGGGUAAAAAACUCCUGCUUCUCCUGUCGAGCUGACGUUGAGCUCCUCCGACAACAGCAGGAGGAAGACAGGCAGAGGCUUCGAGAACUGGGCAGGAUAUUCAAUGCCACUGAGCAACACAAUAGGCAUCAAAUAGAAAGCAUUCAUAAGCACAUAAGUGAGAUGCCUGGAUCUAGGUCAAGCCUUUGCUGUGCGGAAAUAGACAGCAUAAAAACAAAGGUGAAGGAUGUGGAACGGAAGCUCACAUCCCUAUCGGAUGUGGUAGGAGUUUUGAAUCAGAGGUUGGACCAUCAGCUUCCUGGCUUAUCCUCAGGCAGUUCUCCACGGAAUGAUCAGUUCCACAAACGAUUCCAACAGAUUGAACGAAGACUGAACGAAAGUGAGAAAAAUCUUGAAAAGCGCAUCAUGUCACAUCUGAAAAAUCUGAGGCAUGAAUUUUCACGCAGAAUCCAUGGGAAUGAAGAGAGAGUCAAUGCAGUAGUGUCUGUUGUGGGCAAUGGUACAGUUUUUGAUGAUUGGGUGCGAGACACAGUCGGUGGUUUAGGUGAGGACAUUGCAAAGUUAAAGAAUAUUGUGGGAACAGAUAGAGAAAGCCUGUUGACAGUGACAUCAAGUGUGUAUGACCUGGAAUCCAAGCUGCAAAGAGCUGUCAAUGGCUGUGCACAGAUCUGUAGCCCUCCCCAUGUCACUGUCACACAUGAUGACCAAAAUACCUCUGAGAUGUUGGAUAUUUUAACUAAGCUCCAGAGGAAGAUUGUGAAAAAUGAGGCUAACAUUCAAAACAUUGAGUCGAACAUUCAUAACCUUACUAUAGGAGGUAAUUCAUUCAAGAACAUGCUGCAUCAGUUUGGACAGGACAUUGAACAACUAAGGACAACGUUACAUUCUAAUGUGGAACAAAUGGACUUAAUCAGCUCCAAUCUCCGGGACUUGGAGAACAAGGUACAACGUGCAAUUGAAACCAGUGUUACAGAAUGCAAUACCAUGAAAGAUGAAGUCCUUCUGCAUAGGAAUGAAAUUAAUGUGCGAGUUAAUAAACUGACCGAAGAAUUGGAGAAACUGAAGGAGAAAGCUGGCCAUUCUGAGUAUAACUGCAGCUCCAUUUGCUCAACAACUCAGAAAGAAUUAAACAGGUUAAAAGAGGAGCUCAGAGAGCCUGCCAAAUAUUAUAAAGACCUGCUGUUUAAAAUGGAAACCUUCAACAAGACUCUCGAUAGGUUUGGAAUGUUUGGUGGCAGCUUGGGCUCUGACCUUGGCUCAAUGCAGGGAGAGCUGAAAGAUGUCAUUCUAACCUUCAAUUCAAUCAAUAGCACCUUGAAUGUCCUUCAAGAUUUUGUUCACCAGCAGAGCCAUAACACAAAUAUCUUGAACACAACUUUCUCUGAAAGUACCGAUAGGCUGAUUACAGACAUCAGCAGGAUUGAGGAAGAGAUGACUGAUCACAUUGAAGAAAAUAACAAUAAGUUCAUAAAUUUUCAGAAGGAGUUGGACAAGUUCAAUAACCGUAUGGUGAUGGAAAUAGACGAAUGCAGGGACUCUAAUGAAGGACUUGGACAACGAGUGUCCAAACUGGAGACCAUCUGUGUCAAGUUGGAUUCCGUGUCCCAGAGUCUAGAAAAAAUCAAAGAGGGUUUAAACAGACAUGUCUCCAGCCUGUGGAACUGUCAAAGAGAAUUAAAUUCCACGCUGCAGAUCCACUCUGGAAUGUUGCAAAAUAUUCAGGACACUCACCUAGGACUUCUGAAUCAAAAAAUAAGUAUGCUGAACCAGUCUAUGGCUGAAAUACACACUACAGUACACAAUUUCACAAUUUGGGAUUUCACUGGAAUUGAAGGACCCCCUGGACUGCCUGGACCACCUGGACCACAAGGUCCUGCUGGUGAAGAUGCCUUCAUUGAGCGGAUUUCAUUCUCGGCGGCUCUCACCACCCCUCAACUCAAUCCUGGGACAAUCCUGUUUGACAAGGUGUUGGUGAAUGAUGGAAACCAUUACAAUCCAAACACAGGUAUCUUUACCGUCCCAUAUGAUGGUCGUUAUUUCAUUAGUGCCAUUUUAACUGGACAUCGCAACCAGAGGAUUGAAGCAGUUCUCGCAAAGUCUAACAUAGGACUGGCAAGGAUUGACUCAGGGGGUUUCCAACCCGAAGGGCUGGAGAACAGGCCCGUGCUGGGAAACCAACCUAUCUCAGCAUCCCUGGGAAUUUUCAACAUCAUCUUACCACUCCGCCAAGGUGACACUGUCUGUAUUGAUCUUGUUACAGGCAGAUUGGCCCAUUCAGAUGAACCACUGACUGUUUUUAAUGGGGUUCUUUUGUAUGAUGAUGAGGAUAUUUGAUGAAUGGUCCUCCUGGGGAUUACCCUGUCUUGAGGGCAGUAUUUAAACAGAAAUAUAUUCAGAGCUCUUUCAUACCAACUACAAGAUCGAGAGACCAAUCUCCACACUGCUGAAGAAGGGUCACUGGACCCAAAACGUUAACUCUGCUUUCUCUCCACAGAUGCUGCAAGAUCUGCUGAGUCUCUCCAGCAAUUUCUGUUUUUGCUCCACACUGCAGCUGAAGUAUUUAAUAUAAUGUAAGGUAUGCAACAGUUUCUGGGACCAACUGAUGUUGCAGGAGGGAGCUCAAAAACCAAGGCUUUCAAAUUCUGACCUCCCACCCCUAUUUUACCUUUUUAAAAAAGACACACAUUUAGCCAAAGACUUGACCCAAUGUCCAGGAUCCGGCAGAUCGCUGAGGAAGUUUGGUGUCUGAAAUAUGGAGAAGAAUCCAAGGAACUCAGUUUCUUGUGAAAACUGUCAGUUCACAGGUGAUUGUUUAUUAAUAAAAAGUUCACUUUUUUAA